GGGAGGUCGGUGGCUAUUACCCUCACCAUGCUCAACGAGCUGUUUGUGACUCGCGGGCGAAAUAUCGGGAGGGGCGGAGGCCCCGCGCUGUUAAGAUGAAUAUUGUGACUACAGAGAGGCAUGGGAAGACCUGAACAGAGGCAGAAUGAUGUAAGCAGAACCAGGAAGGACAUAACUAUUGACUACAACAUUUAAUAAAUGGAAAGGACAUCUUUUAAACUAAGUGCUAUGAAAUUGUAAUGACCAAACUUAGCCCCAAAGGAGAGAGGCCAUACCCUUCUUUGCAGAGGUUUAUACAGUCAAUUUGGAAUCUCGUUACUUACUAAUUCAAGGAGUUCCUGCAGUGGGAGUUAUGAAGGAGUUGAUUGAGCAGUUUGCUUUAUUUGGUGCUAUUGAACAGUAUAAUGCGCUGGAUGAAUAUCCAGCAGAAGAAUUUACAGAAGUGUAUCUAAUUAAAUUCCAAAAAUUACAAAGUGCAAGGAUAGCCAAACGAAAAUUGGAUGAGCGGAGUUUUUUUGGUGGUUUACUUCACGUGUGCUAUGCUCCAGAAUUUGAAACAGUACAAGAAACCAGAGAGAAACUACAGGAGAGGCGGCGAUAUAUAGCAAGAACAACUGGGAUUAAAGAAGAUAAAGUCCAACCAAUGAUAAAGAAAAAACUGUAUAAAGAACAUACAGUUUCAAAAGAUCUCAGAAAUGACUUUCAUUCAAAGGUAUCUGAGUUUUGUGCAACACCUUCAAACACUCGUACUGAGUAUCCAUGGAAUUAUCAGACUAAUUCUUGGAAUUCAGCUCCAUGUCAUGUCUCCUCCAAGUCGGUAACCUCCCAAUCAGGAGAACUCUUAGAAGGAACACUGAUCUCCCCUCAACAUGAUGGAAACUUUAAAAAAACUAUGUCAAGUUGUAACGAAAAUAACUCUUUGAUUCAGAGACUAGAGAUGGAAAUACCUAAAACUUCAGUAGACUGUCUUAGACCACCAAGGGUUAUUUCCUCUAACAAUGGGAUUGCUAGAUUUAUGCCUCGAACAACUCAGCUACAAGAGCGAAAGCGGAGGAGAGAAGAAGACCGUAAACUUGAAACUUUUCUUGAAACAAACCCAAGUAAUAAAGAGAUUAUUAUUGGUCCACAGCUACCAGAAAUUCCCAAAGUGGAUUUGGAGGAUGAAUCUUUAAAUAUGUCAGCUAAUUUAAUCCGGAAUAAACUUAAGGAGGUAAUUUCUCCCCAACCAAAACCUUCAGAAGACAGACUGGAAGAUACACAUAUAAGUCAUCCAUUAAAACAAAGAAGAAGAAUAUAGAAGAAGAUCUUGAAAUCAACAUCUUACCUGUUCCAAGAAGAUUAAUAACUUUUAUUAUUGUCACUAUUUCAUUUUUGUAUAGCUUUUAAAUAUUAAAGUAAAUAAGUUGAUCCUAUCUUUAAA